AUGCAAGGCAUUACCAAAGUUCAACAAAUGCUUUGUAUCCUAGCGAGGGGCAAUACUAAAGACAAACAUAUCACAACCCUGCUGAACUUGGUGAACCAUUGUCAAAGCAUCCGUGAAAAGUUUAAUGAGAAUGCUGUUUUGGUUAUCAGUAUGGGUUAUGAUGAUGAUGAUGAUGAUGAUGAUGAUGAUGAUGAUGAUGAUGAUGAUGAUGAUGAUGGAUUCAGUGUCUCCCACAUCUUGGGUCUCAGUGAUCCUGAAGGUUCGGCUGAUCAGCAGAUAGAAGGGCACGCCCGUGAGGCCAGUCAUUGA